GGCGACCCUCCCUUCCGGCCCUUUCCCCUCCCCCCUCCUUCUCAAUUUCGAGUCUCCUCGUUUGAUGUCUACCUUCCUCGAAGACGUAGGCGCCAGGGGAUGCCGAGCCGCCGGCCACCACGGACCAAGGCAUCGCAGACAGCAACAACCCUCACAUCAUCUUCCAUCAAACCUGGCAUCGAAGCGGGCAGGCAUUUCCCUCGAUAUUACAGUCCAGCAUUGCAUGCUCACCUAACCCUAUACGCUUCUAUCUAUACUGUCACAUACAUACAACGCGCUAUCUACAGAAUAAACAUCAUUCUGCGCCAGCCUGAUAUGCAUUAA